AUAACCCAACCCGACCCGGAAUUGGAGAUACUUCUUCCCCAACACUGCCUGCUGCAACUGCGUUCCAUUCCAUGGCUAAAAACACCCAAAAUUCGACACUUCAAUGUUGCCUCCCCAUGCAAAGAAGUUGCUGUUCCCGCACCUCACCGUGUAACGCCCUUUUGAAACUUGAAACCCGUCGCUGCACUGUGGAAGUUGAAGGCUUGAUCGAGAGAGAGAAACUGAAGGAGGAUUAAAAUGGGUUUGACCCAUUCUUUGUUUAUUGGGCCGUGGGCCAGUUGACCCAAAAAGUGUUCUCUUUACAAACUCCACCGACAGAACCCCCUGGUGUUGGUCGUAGCAGCCACCGCCACCAGCAGAAGAUGAAUGAUUCGUGUUCGGAGACCGUUAGAUUGAUGAAGCUUGCAAUAGAUCAGGCAAACUUAGCUAUGGAUGCCCUUGAAGUACCCGUUGGCUGUGUGAUUGUUCAUGACGGGAAGGUUAUAUCCUCCGGCAGGAACCGAACCACUGAGACUAGAAAUGCUACUAGACAUGCAGAAAUGGAAGCAGUGGACGUGCUUUUAGAGCAGUGGCAGAAAAAUGGAUUAUCAAUGUCUGAGGUUGCUGAAAAGUUCUCAAACUGCACCCUUUAUGUUACCUGUGAACCAUGCAUAAUGUGUGCUUCUGCUUUGUCCAUUUUAGGUAUAAAGGAAGUGUUUUAUGGGUGCUCAAAUGAUAAAUUUGGAGGUUGUGGAUCAAUAUUGUCAUUGCAUCAAAAUAGCACUGACUCACCCAACAAUGAAGUUCCACUGGGAAAAGGGUUUAAAUGUACUGGAGGUAUAAUGGCAUCAGAAGCGGUGCUUCUCCUGCGAACAUUCUAUGAACAGGGAAAUCCAAAUGCUCCGAAGCCCCAUAGGCCUGUAGCAGUAGCUUCUGACAAGAAUGAACUUGAACUUGUACAUCAAUAGUUCUGUCCAGUUAGUUGCUGAUAUGGUUGAAGCUGUCUUUCAAUGUCCAGCACAAGAAGAAUGCUUAAGGCUGACCAAUUAGAAGAAUGUGAGGGAUUUGGAAUAUAAUGCUGUUCAUCCAUUCAAUUCAAUGAGAAAGGCUUUGUUUUAGUUUGUCAUUGAUGUAUGAUUAUAGAAUACUUGAUUUUGAAAAAAAAAAAGGAAAGAUUUCAUCUGAUUUUAUCUUGAUAAAUGACCCUUAUCACUGCUAUAUAUUGAAAUGAAUGAUGUAAUUACAGAUUUUCUGGGUACCAAA